UUAAACAGUAACUAUGAAUAUCAUCAAAUCAUCCACUUCUUCUUCAACUAACAAAAGCACAAAACCAAGAAAGAAUGCUGGCAGCAGUGUAAGUAGUACUCAAAGUGGCAAACAAAAUGCAGAGGAGCAACAGAACAAUUGCAGAUAUUUAGGUGUGAGAAGAAGGCCAUGGGGUAGAUAUGCUGCGGAGAUAAGAGAUCCGAAUACGAAAGAAAGGCAUUGGCUGGGAACAUUUGACACUGCGGAGGAAGCUGCUUUGGCCUAUGAUAGAGCUGCGCGUUCUAUGCGUAGUAACAACAACAAAUCUAACAAACCCAUUCGCACCAACUUUGUCUAUUCCGACAUGCCACAUGGUUCUUCUGUCACUUGUAUGAUUUCCCCUGAUGAGGAAUAUCAUCACCAAUUUGAACUUCAUCAACAACAACAACAACAAUUCUUUAAUCAGGCUGAUCAGUAUGCAGCUCCUACUGUGAAUUACACAGACUUCAGUCACUUCUCAAUCAGUAACAUGAAUAAUAAUAAUAGUAAUGGCGAUGGUGGUGGUGAAGAUUUUGCAUUACAACAGUUCUAUAACUCCAACUACAAUGUGCAUAUGGAAGACGGUUACAGGAACAAUAGUAAUAACACAACAUCAAUAGAAUUGCCACCAUUGCCGGAGGAUAUAACAAGCAGCGGCAACUGCUACUACUUCAGUGAGGAAGUUGAUCAAGACACUCAAUUUUCAGCUACAACAGCAAUAUCAUCAGUUUCAAAUGUGGGAUAUUAUAGCAGCAGAAGUAGUCUUUUGAAUGAAAUGCUGCCGAUGGAUUUUCGUGCAAAUGAUGAACAAUUAGACAGUGGUGCCAACAUCAUAGAAGAAGCAGCAUCGUAUGAAUAUCAAUUUGGAGGAGGAAAUACUGUCACUACAACAAAUAAUACAACAUCUGUGACUGGGAGUUGUAAUAAUAAUAAUAACUAUUUCGGUUUUGAUGAUUGGUUGCAGCCACAACAACCACUGCAAUAUUGCAGCAGUAACAUUAUGCAAAAUGAAUCCAACAACAAUUUGGGUUGUUGGUUCUCAUAA